AUGACACUGGCAGGUCUCUUCUAUGUUGCACUUGGGGGGGAAGAUGGAGCUGCUGCAUUCGAGCCUCAGAGGGGCCACUUGAUACAUGAGCCGGCUUAUACGAAGGAUAACUUCGAAGUCGUCGAUCCGGUUGGAGCUGGGGAUACGUUCAUCGCAGGGAUGUUGUACGCGUUGAAUUGUCAUAAAUGGAAUUUGACUCAACGACUCAAAUUCGCGAACCGCGUUGCCGCAAUGAAAGUGUCGCAGGAAGGAUUUUCGGGGCUGGCCCGCGCUUUGCAGCCUGAGAACAUUCACAAUUGA